AUGACGGAAGAGGACAAGGAUAUCACCAAUUUGGACCAGGACCUAAAAGCUUCAAGACUGGCCAAAUAUCACAAUUCCAAACUCAUUCAGGAAACCAAGUACUGGCUGGUAAGCAUUCUUGGUGACAGGAUAGACAGAGACUACCUAAUUAAUACAGACUUGAUAGAGGUUCUUAAAGAUGGGUCUAUAUUAUGCCAAUUAAUCAAGUGUGUCUGGGGAGAAGGAAGUCUGAAGUUCAAGACGAGCAAGAUGGCAUUUGUUCAGAUGGAGAACAUCGAAAAGUUUUUGAAUUUCAUCAAAUUUCAGGGUGUUCCUCAGGACGAGCUUUUCCAGACGGUGGAUCUAUAUGAAGCCAAAGAUCCGUAUCAGGUGGUUAUGACAUUACAGGCAUUGUCACGUGUUAUUAAGGACAAAUUCGGCUCUCAAUUUUCAAUGAUUGGCCCAGCAAUAUCACACAAGCACGAGAGACCUAAGGUUCCUGCCAAGCCUCAAUAUCUUAAAGGUGACACCCCUUGGAGCACUAUAGAGUACGGAUAUAUCAAAGGAAGUAACCAGGCAACUGAGCAUGUGGUAUUUGGUUCGAGAAGGGAUAUUACACGCAAUAUAGAGAGUGACGGAUCCUCUAUAUAA